AUGUUGGGCUGGGUCCAGAGGGUGCUGCCUCAGCCCCCAGGGACCCCUCAGAAGACCAAGGUGGAGGAGGAGGAGGGGGCAGAACCAGAGCCAGAGCCUGAAACAGCUCCCCAGGAGGCCAAACUAGAAGAUGCGUCCCUGCCCUCCGAGGAGCCAUUUGGAGGGGAGGAAGCAGCUGUGGCUGACGGAAAGCCUCAGGAGAUCCAGAAGGCUGCCACCGCUCUGCCCACAAGCCUCCAGGCCCAGGUUGCUGUGGUUCCGGAAGUGAACGGUCCUGGUACCUGGGUGCUGAGCUGGCUCAGGAAGGGUGUGGAGAAGGUUGUCCCGCAGGCUGUCCCCAGCAGCGGGCCAGCCCAGAGCACAGCAGCCGGCCUGGCGGGCCCGGAUCAGGCGGGAGCACAGAUCCUUGGGCACCGCAGCACGGGGGGCUCGGAUGGAGUCAAUCAGGUCUCCCGGGCCGGGGACACUGGGGAGCCCACUGCUGCAUCCAGGUCCCCAAGCAGCCCCGACCCCUCACUGCAGCCCAGGAGGCCAAGGCUGGGCCUGCUGGGCGAGAGCCUGGUCCGGCUCUGGGCCAGAAUUGGCGGGUUUCCCUCACCACCUGAGGUCCUUUCAGAACCCAGGCCCUGGUUGCUCAGGUGGCUUGAGCAGAACCUGGAGAAAGUGCUGCCUCAACCUCCAAAAACCCCCGAGGGCUGCAGAGACGUGCCUGCAGACGAGCCCCCGCAUGAGCCCGCACACGGGCCCGCAGACGCUGCCUUGGGCCCAGAGCCCCCAGGACACCUCUUGGAAACAGAGUCCACUCUGCAGGCCGCAGAGAGUCACCCCCUGGCCACCCCGGGCCCCGCCGAGCCCACGGAGAAGGUGACUCCAGAGCCCAAGCCUGGCUUCCCGGCUUCCCCGCUGCCGCCCCCCACGGACCCUACCAGGUUGGUGGCGUGGCUCCUACAUAGACUGGAGAUGGCCCUGCCGCAGCCGGUGCUCCGUGGGAAGGCUGAGGAGCAGGAGCUGGACCACUCCCCUGUGACAUGUGACGUGCAGACCAUCAGGAUCCUGCCCCAACGGCAAGAGGAGCCCGAUCUCGUGCUGGAAGAGGCUGGCCCUCACUGGGAGGAGGUCGCGCAUCCAGAGGGCAGCACCAGCCCGCAGGGCUCAGAGGCGGUGGCUUCAGCUUAUGAAAGGGAGCGGGAGGCCAUGGAAGAGACGCCCAGGGAGCGUCCCUGGAUUCAAGAGGAGAAAGAAGCUGAGGUGGAUGGAGAUGAGGAGGAAGAGGAAGAGCAGGAAGAGGAGGAGUCUGAUGUCCUCCUGCUGGAUAGCUGUCUGGUGUCAGAGGCCGGCAAAGACCCAAGCAGAACAGACAGGACGGCCACCAGGAGGGCCUCAUGCCAGGAGGGGGCCGCAGCCGCCAGCUCAGGAGGGACAAGAGCGGUGCCCCAGACUUUGCGUGUGGCCGCUGCAGGUGCAGGCGGCACCAUGGCUGACCCAGGCCGGGACAUGGAGCUGAAUCACCUGGUCCAGGACCAGCCACCUGGCCAGGCGACCCCCGGGCUUGCACCCCCAAGCCUGGCGGAGCACCUCCCGAAUGUGCCCAGCUACCACCCCCCCAUCACCCGCAUCCCUGUCCUCAUCUCCCGGAGGACGACCUUGUCCAACUCCAGCUUCGCCAAGGUGACCAGGAGCUCCGUCCGCCGCCUAGUGCCUGCCACAAAAGAGCACCCAGAAGUGCAGGUGGAAGACACGGAUACCGACAGCCACCCUGUCAUUGUGGAGGACAAGCCACCCUCACCAGAGCCGCUGCCACCUUCUCCUGCCAGAUCCGACACCCUCACGGUCCCGGGAUCAGCCGCAGGGACCCGCAGGAAGAGGCUGCCCUCUCAGGAUGAUGAAGCUGAGGAGCUCAAGGUGCUGUCCCCAGAGGAGGCCCCCAUGAUGGCCUGGUCAGACACCCCGCAGGACACUGAGGUCCAGGACCGUGCCUCCUCUACGGCCAGCCAGAACAGCGCUGUCAUUGAUGCCCGGCUCCAGGAGCUGGUGAAGCUCUUCAAGGAGCGGACGGAGAAGGUGAAGGAGAAGCUCAUCGACCCAGAUGUCACCUCCGAUGAGGAGAGCCCCAAGCCCUCUCCAGCCAAGAAAGCCCCGGAGCCGGCCCCAGACACGAAGCCAGCUGAAGCGGGGCAGGUGGAGGAGGAGCACUACUGCAACAUGCUCUGCUGCAAGUUCAAACGCCGGCCCUGGAAGAAGUACCAGUUCCCCAAGAGCAUCGACCCGCUGACCAACCUGAUGUACAUCCUGUGGCUCUUCUUCGUGGUGAUGGCCUGGAACUGGAACUGCUGGCUGAUCCCUGUGCGGUGGGCCUUCCCCUACCAGACGCCAGGCAACCUCCACCUCUGGCUGCUGAUGGAUUACCUGUGCGACCUCAUCUACUUGCUGGACAUCACCGUGUUCCAGAUGCGCCUGCAGUUUGUCAGAGGAGGGGACAUCAUUACAGACAAAAAGGAGAUGCGGAAUAACUACCUGAAGUCUCCCCGCUUCAAGAUGGAUGUCCUCUGCCUGCUGCCCUUGGACUUUCUGUACUUGAAGUUCGGCGUAAACCCCCUCCUGCGUCUGCCCCGCUGUCUGAAGUACCUGGCCUUCUUUGAGUUUAACAACCGCCUGGAAUCCAUCCUCAGCAAAGCCUAUGUUUACAGGGUUAUCAGGACCACCGCCUACUUGCUCUACAGUUUGCAUCUGAACUCAUGUCUGUAUUACUGGGCGUCGACCUAUCAGGGCAUCGGCUCCACUCACUGGGUCUAUGACGGUGUGGGAAACAGUUACAUUCGCUGCUACUACUGGGCUGUGAAGACCCUCAUCACGAUCGGGGGGCUGCCCGACCCCAAGACGCUGUUUGAGAUCGUCUUCCAGCUGCUCAACUACUUCACGGGCGUCUUCGCUUUCUCCGUGAUGAUCGGACAGAUGAGAGACGUGGUGGGGGCCGCCACCGCGGGGCAGACCUACUACCGCAGCUGCAUGGAUAGCACGGUGAAGUACAUGAACUUCUACAAGAUCCCCAGGUCCGUGCAGAACCGCGUCAAGACCUGGUACGAGUACACCUGGCACUCCCAAGGCAUGCUGGAUGAGUCAGAGCUGAUGGUGCAGCUUCCAGACAAGAUGCGGCUGGACCUUGCCAUCGAUGUGAACUAUGACAUCGUCAGCAAAGUGGCGCUCUUCCAGGGCUGCGACCGACAGAUGAUCUUUGACAUGCUGAAGCGGCUUCGCUCUGUCGUCUACCUGCCCAAUGACUACGUGUGCAAGAAGGGGGAGAUAGGCCGCGAGAUGUACAUCAUCCAGGCAGGCCAGGUGCAGGUCUUGGGCGGCCCUGACGGGAAGUCGGUGCUGGUGAUGCUGAAAGCGGGAUCUGUAUUUGGAGAGAUAAGCUUGCUGGCCGUCGGGGGCGGGAACCGGCGCACGGCCAACGUGGUGGCUCAUGGAUUUACCAACCUCUUCAUUCUGGAUAAGAAGGACCUGAACGAAAUUUUGGUGCAUUAUCCCGAGUCUCAGAAGUUACUCCGGAAGAAGGCCAGGCGCAUGCUGAGAAACAACAACAAGCCCAAGGAGAAGAGUGUGCUGAUCCUUCCUCCCAGGGCCGGCACCCCCAAGCUCUUCAAUGCCGCCCUGGCCGCAGCGAGGAAGGUGGGCGCCAGCGGGGCAAAAGGCGGCAAGCUGGCCCACCUCAGGGCGCGGCUCAAAGAGCUGGCUGCGCAGGAGGCGGCUGCGAAACAGCAGCAGUUGCUGGAACAGGCCAAGAGCUCAGAAGAUGCCGCGGGAGAGGGGGGCUCUGCCGUCGCCGACCAGCCUGCGCCCCCAGAACCCCCAGCCUCAGAACUCCAGGCCCCAGGCUCUCAGCCACCUGCCUCCCCCAGGGAUGCUGAGCGGGGGACAGGUGGUCCAGAGGAGCGCUCUGUGCGGAUCAGCAUAAGCCCCGGCCCGGACCCUGGCGACCAGAUCCCGUCGGCGGAGAUCCCAGAGGAAGAGAAGAAGGAGGCAGAGUGA